AUGUCUGUAGACAAACACUUCCCCCCUCUGCCACCAGAGGGCUCCAGAGACUCUCAGCUACAGCCAGGGGAAUACCUGAAACUUGCUCUGAGUUUGGUGUGGAGCGAGGUGAUCGGCUUAAUUCCUGUUUUAGAGAACACAAGACUGCUGAGUUACCUGAUUGACAGCUAUAAUCGCCGCCUUUUUGCUGUGUUGGACUUGUUGAUGGACAGAAGUUCAUCAGUGAAAGAGACCUCAAUCCUCCUACUGUGGGUGAAGCAGACAUACUUUAGUCAUGGCUUUACAGGAAGCCCCAACAUCCAGGACCACGUUCUCCGAGUAUCUGACCCUCUGUUACUGACUGGCUGGUUUGAGAAGUCAAAGCAGAAGUUCCUUACACUCCUUCAGGAGCACAUCUCGACUGUGCUGCAGAACAUCCUGCUGUACAAUGAGACUCACUGUGAUUGUAGAAAUGAAGAGGAUCUUAUUAAAGUUCAUCUAGAUGUUAUACAGUGUCUGGAUGCUGCUCUUCAGGGGUCAAAAAUAAUCAGCGAGACCCUGAUGACUGCUGUUCAAAGACUUUGUUAUAAUGAACUCCACACCUUUGUAGAGAGGUAUGUGAAUGAUGAGAAGAAACAUCUGGAGGUCCAGAAGUCCAAUGAAACAUAUUCACUUCAUCUCUUCAGGGUAAUUGACACGUGUAAGCACCUCCGGUCUUACUGUUUCAACAUUGUGGAUUCAAACAAUAACACAGACUCAUCCACUCUCAAGAUGUUGGAGAACAUGGAGGCUCACGUUUCAUCCAUUGUACGGCAGUGGUUUGCAGGCCUAGCAGAGGACCAUCUAAAGAAGUAUUUCAAGGAAAAGGACGUACACAUAUACAAACUGAUGGACGUGAUUAAAAAUAUGAUUGCACCUUUACCACUAAGGGAACAGGGAGAGAGAACAAAACAGCACAUUGUAAAUGCUGUAUACCAGAGUGUUACCAGAGCAUACCUGCAAUGUCUAAUGCAGAGAAAGUGCAAACAGCUGGAAAGGAGAUGGGGUGAUGUUGACAAGAGGAUGAUGAGAGAUGCUGAGCUUUUCCAUUCCACCUUCACACAACUGAGUAUCAGUGAUGAUGAGCAGAAAACGUUUCUGCAGAAGAUGAGUGAGAUUUUGAAGUGCAGUGAUUCUCUUGAUUCUCUUGAUUUUCUCAAGCUCAGCUGUGCAGCCCUGUACAGAGACUUCCCUAAAGAGAGUGAGGAGCACCUACCUGCCCUACUGAAGUGGAAAAGGGGAUUGUCAAGGCGACAGAUGAAGAAAAUACUGGACAUGAGUCAGGAGGCCUGUCAAAAUGGAGAAUACAUCACACCCCGUCGCCUGAAAUAUUGGAGCUGCUGUCUCUGCUGCGCAUGAACACUGCAAGUUUGAUAGUGUCAGAUAGAUCUGUACAGAUGGGCAGUCAUCCAGUCCAUUUCAGACCAAAACCAUUCAUGUGU